AUGUCAGUUGAUGCUCCUGCCCGAUGCAUCUGGCAGGGUCUAAAGCAAUUCAAUGGAUACUGUGGUUGUGGGCGAUGUAAAGAGCCUGGAGAGCAAUUGGAUCUUGGCCCAGGCAAAGGUAAUUCAAGAAGAAGGUGCCACAUAUAUCCAUUCAACCAGGACUAUGCUGCCASAACUGGUCAUGUUGGUUGUCGAAGUCAUAAAACGGUGAAAGAACAAGCUUGUGAGGUUUUGAGAGAAAGAAGCAAAGGGAAUAAGAAAUUUUCAAUUGAAGGUGUGAUUGGUUUGUCGUGGGGAUUUGGGAUACCAAGGUUUGAUGUAGUAAGAGGCACAGUAGUGGAUUACAUGCACURCAUAUGUGAAGGCGUUGUUGACCAACUUCUGUCAAAGUGGUUUAACAAGUCCAAGUCCAAAGAAGACUACUAUUUAGGAUCAAAAGAGGCAGAGAUAAGUGUGGAAUUGAAGUCUAUCAAGCCAGUAAGUGACAUCACUCGAACCCCACGGGCUUUAGCAGAUGUUAAAGAUUGGAAAGCAUCAGAAAAAAGAGCACUUUUGUUGUAUUAUGCUGUGCCACUUCUGUCACCGUACCUACCUCCUGACCACCUGUUGCAUUUAAUGAUGCUAUGUGGUGGAGUGUAUAGACUUCUACAGCAKUCCAUUUCUGUGGUGGAGCUUAAAGAAGCAAAAAAGUGCCUGAAACUGUUUUGUGCCCAAGCUCCCACAAUGUAUGGUAACCAAUUUCAGACGUUCAAUGUCCAUCAACUAUUACACCUUCCCGAAGUAGUUGCAGACCUCGGUCCACUAUGGUCCAACUCCUGUUUUYCUUUUGMAGACUACAAUGGAGACUUAAGAGAUCUAUUCCAUGGGUCAAAUAAUGUUGAUGGCCAGWUUAUGACAGCAGUAUCAGUCAUUCAAAAAUUGCCAGAAAUAGCAAGAGCUACUACAACAUCGCCCAAGGUUAUGAAAUUUUAUGAAGAAMUAACAAGUAAAAGACACAAUUCUUGUUCGCUGAAGGAAAGUAUAUCAAGUGACAUAUAUGUAAUUGGCUCACUUGAACGAAUGUGGAGCAASUCUCAGCUUAUAUCAAAUGAACAACUGAGCACACUACCCAAUAGACAUGGCAAAGUAUGGCUUUUCAGAAGAUGCUGGAUCCGAGGAAUAGUGUUUCACRGUGAAAACUACAAAAGAGUUGUUGCCAGAAAUGACUACACAGUGGAAUUUGAAGAUCCGGAGCACAACAUAUGUUAUGGAUCAAUCCAGACAUUUGUUAAAGUACAAGAGAAAUGUUUGAAAGUAAUUUGUAAUACUACUAAAAAAUGUUCUUGUCAGUUGUCCUCGAGGUACCUUGCUAUUAUUGGAAUUUUAGAUCUCGAUGAAAGUCAACUACCUAAGUUUAGAGGACAUAAAUUGGUCAAGCACAUAUUAAAAGUAAAGCAGUCUGACAGGUCAAUUGCUGUUCCAGUGGAAAAUGUAAAAAAAAAGUAUAUGAGAGUGGAUGUGUCCUCUGGCUCAUAUCUUUCUUCACUGCCAAAUCCAUAUGAAAAGGACUGA